AGUGACGCGUGCGUUCCCGGAAGAGAGGGUCGAAGUUGUUGUAGCGAAGAGUUUUGUGGAGGAGGAUACGCAGGGAAGGCGCCCGGGGAACCAGCAUAGUCUGUUGUGUAUCUGCAUUGGUAGAUGCUUGCAGUAAGAUGACUUAUUUGAUUGCUAUGAAUAUCUAAGCCCCAGCCUCUUGGCCAGUCUCCUUGCUAAACAUUCCGUGCAAUGUUUGGCCUUGAAGAUGACUGACGGCGCCUGACCGAAUAUGUCAGCCACGACUGUCGAUGGCUCUGAUGUUUCGCUUGAUGGGGAGUCCUUCCACUCAUCUGACACGAUCCUUUUGGAUCAUGCUAACACCGCAAAACUGCGUAUAAAGGAGGAAAGGUCGGAGUCUCGAGGGAGCUCCUCAUUACCCAAUGAAAAUGACCUAUUGGGUACAGAUGGAGAAUGCUCCUCUCACAGCGCUGCUGAGGAACCAGAGCGGAAGAGGAAGAAGGGUCCGGCGCCAAAGAUGCUGGGAAAUGAGGUUUGCAGUGUCUGCGGGGACAAAGCUUCUGGAUUCCACUACAAUGUUCUCAGCUGCGAAGGCUGUAAAGGUUUCUUCCGGCGGAGUGUCAUAAAAAAUGCAAAGUACACAUGCAAGAAUAAUGGCAAGUGCCAGAUGGACAUGUACAUGCGCCGCAAGUGCCAGGAGUGCAGACUUCGGAAAUGCAGAGAAGCAGGCAUGCGGGAACAGUGUGUGCUUUCGGAAGAACAGAUCCGUAGUAAAAAGAUAAGAAAGCAGCAACAGGACGAUGAUGUUGUGCGCUCCACGGCAGUAUUCAUUCCCCCAAGCCCUUGUAUGCUGUCCCAAGAUAUUGUCCAGCUCACUCCACAGCAAGAAGAGAUGAUCCAGCAACUGGUAUCAGCACAGCAGCAAUGCAACAAGAGGUCGUUCAGUGAUCAGCCUAAAGUAACGCCGUGGCCCCUGGGCAGUGAUCCAAACAGCCGAGAAGCUCGCCAACAACGCUUUGCUCAUUUUACGGAGCUCGCCAUCAUUUCAGUACAGGAGAUUGUGGAUUUUGCCAAACAAGUUCCAGGUUUCCUUGAACUGUCAAGGGAGGAUCAGAUAGCACUACUGAAGGCUUCCACUAUAGAGAUAAUGCUACUUGAGACAGCCAGGCGCUACAAUCAUGAAACUGAAUGUAUAACGUUCCUCAAAGACUUCACUUACAGCAAGGAUGAUUUCCACCGAGCGGGUUUGCAGGUAGAGUUCAUAAACCCCAUUUUUGAGUUUUCACGCGGAAUGAGGCAGAUGCAGUUAGACGAUGCAGAAUACGCCCUUCUCAUAGCAAUCAACAUCUUCUCCGCAGACAGACCGAAUGUCCAGAACCACCAACUUGUGGAAAACCUUCAGCUCCCAUAUGUAGAAGCACUGCAUUCCUACACCCGCAUCAAGAGACCUCAGGAUCAUUUAAUGUUCCCUCGCAUGUUAAUGAAACUUGUGAGCCUGCGGACACUAAGCAGUGUGCACUCUGAGCAAGUCUUUGCUCUCCGCCUUCAGGACAAAAAGCUGCCUCCGUUGCUAUCUGAAAUAUGGGAUGUUCAUGAGUAAACCUUGUAUGCAGCAUUGACCUGAGACAAACCAUUGCAUCUCACUUACUAAACCUCUCUACCAAGCUCUAAGAGUUGGAUAAAGGACUCCGUCGGCCAUUCAUGGGCUGAAGACCUUGCUGGCCGAGUCUAAUUAAGAGGAGCAGACGAUUUUGAGGAUAUUGUCAAAUAAUGUUCUCUCGACCACAAAAUUACAGCUUGGGGGGAAAACAAUCCACAGCUUUACAUUUUUACAUAGCUGGCCUGUGUCACACAAAGGGUAUCGGUCCAGUUCUUCUGUAAAUGCAGGUUUUUAACCACUUGCCACUUUUUUUGCUCAGGAGCAUAAACUAUUAAUUCCUCUUACUGGAGAGGAGUUAUGUCGUAGGAUAAGAAACCAAUACGGUUUUACCCCUAAGCAUCAUUUUAUACAUUAGGGUCCCGUGAACUGCACUAGAAGACCAUUGUUGGUCAUUAAAUGGACUUGGCCUCUAUUGAUGUAGUGGUUGUAAAUCUUCAAAAGAUCCUUCAUCUUUGAUCCCGAGACAGGGUGAGAUCAUACACACUGGACGUGUCCUUGUCCCUGCUGGUGUAGAGAGAGGUUUUCGGUAGUUUGUAGGAGAACGUUGUACAGGCCCCAGUUGAGUGUUGUGUGUGAGAACACAGACCUUCUGAAAUAAUGCCAAGCGUUCGAUCGCUGGUCAUCUUUCUGCUACUCUUCCUCCAACAGGAUUAAGAUUAUUUUCUCUGUGUCAAGAGUGGCAUUUGAGUUCAUUAUGCUUCCCUACUUGUUAUCCUGAUCUAUUGAUUUUAGUUUCCUUUAACAAAUCUCGCACUUAAUUGGUUCUCCCUCACAUUGCUCUUUUAUUAAUAUGCACUUAGAAAAAUUUUGUUUGCAAAGUUGAAAUUGGGGGAAGAUCCUUCGUUUGGCACUUGCAUCGAACUGUAGGCAUUAUAGGGAUAUCAUGAAAGCCUGUAAAAAUGAUCAGAAAAUUAAGUUGAAAAGGACAAAGCACUCUAUAAUGAUUUAUUUGUGGAAUUCCUGCUUUAACAUUACCCACUGCUGCAUUUUAACACAAUACUGACAAUCAGUAGCUACUCAGACUAGCUUUAGGGCCGACCCGUCACCUACAUGCUUAGGGCUGUGCGUUUCCUGGGGAUGUUUUAGGACUAUGAUGGCUAGCCUUUGGUACUCCAGCUGUUGUGGACUAUAUCUGCUGCUUUGUGAACCUGUUCAUAGCUUGUAUACUCUAGUCUUGACAUGGUCACUCAACAUUUCAGACUUUUUAGAUGAACCAAGCACUACUGAGUGUUGUAGAAGAACCUUCCGUAAGUCAGGUUGUAAAUGGGCUAAGGAGAAGAGGUGGUUAAGAGGGCGCACUAAGCACUUUGAAUUCUCUUGAUGGGGAAGAAGGCGCUAUGUAAGAAAUUAUUACAUAGAGAAAUUGCAGGAUUUAAUAAAGUACAUUAAGGCAACAUUUUCUGUAGCAAAGGUGUACCUAUAUCAAAAGGAUCUGCCCCUUAACUUCCAUCUCUACAAUAUGAAAAAAGAUAAAGAUACUCUGAGCACAAAAAAAAGUACAGCUUAAUGUAGUUGUUUUGUUUCAUAAACAUUGCAAUUUACGAGAAACGACAAUGUAGGUGUUGUAGGGAUGUCAUCAAAACAUUAAUCAGUCAGUAUGCAUCUAGCAGCUGUCAGCCAAUGGAGGCACUUGCUAGUAAAGACUUUUAAUAAAUGAAAGUUUUUGCAUUCCGUGUCAUCACACCUAGCAUCAUGACACCGAACUCUCAAUAAAUCUUCUUAUAGAGAAGGCGUUGGGAUAAUGAUUGGUGCAGUGCGGCAAUUGCUGUGCAUGUGCAGUACGACCCCCAAAGCUUCUCUGAGUAUCAUUGGAUUGGCAGAGAUUAUCAUCUCUGAGGCCGAAACACUGCUGAAUUACAGAUGCGUUUAAUCUAUAUAUUUUUUUUUAAAUACCAAAUGUGGCAAUAAUAUAAAUGUUAAAACUCACAUGCUAACAUUAUGGAUAAAUUUAUUCAUUUGGAAUGUUGGAGUAUUCCUUAUGCCAGGAGAUACCGUUUUUACAGAGAGUUGUAUUUUAAUGUGCCUACAUUUUAUUUAGUGAACAUAUGCCAUUUAGUUUAAUGCUGGAAGUAAAUUCCAUGUAUCAGCUAUUGUUUGUUUUUUCUUUUAUACAAAGAAUGUCUAUCCAUUAGCCAUAAAUUGCCCUGGUGUUUGAAUUGAGCCUUUUUGUUCAUGGUUACACACUUUAUACAGAAAAUGUUCUUGUUACUUGUUAUUAUCCAUUCAGAUAUUUUUAAAUAGAGUUCAUUCAUUUAUGUGGUUCAUUGUUUUUUUAUUUUGGUGUGAAACAGCCCAAAAAUAAAAUGCCUGCUCCUUAAAUAUGGCAUUUUCAGUCAAGAUGAGACGAUUUGCCUUGCAUGUUCCAUCCAAAAUGUGUCUAAGGGAAACCCAAUAUGCAACAGUUGGUGUCCCCAAGGCCAGUCAUCUUAAGUCUAGAAGUUCAUGCACAGCACCCUUCUAUGAUAGGGGGUUGCCCUUAUUUUUUUUUCAGCUGUACUGAUCUGGCUACUUAUUCUGUAUUUUGCAGUUUGUUUUCAAUAAGCCUCAGCUAGGUUUAGAUCAGUGGUAGCCAACAGGUUAGACUGGCAAUGCAUUGUGACAGUAGGAGAUAAAGGACAGCUGUCAUAAAAAGUAGAUUUGUUUUAAAAUAUAUAUAUAUAUUUAUCUAUCUUGAUUUCUUUGUUUUUUUUUAAAAACAUGACUUUAUCUGACAGAGCAGCCAUGUUGGGUCAAACUGCUGGGAUUGCUCUGUUAUGUUGAGCAGAGCAGCAGUUGAACAGAUAGGAUUAGAAUCCUACCCAACAGGGCUGCUUAGUUUCCUUUUUUUUUUUUUUUUACCUAUACAUCAUUCAAACAAAUCAUUAAUUUUAAUUAAAUGUAACUUAAAACAAACAAAAAUUUAAAAUGCUGACAGCGGUCCUUUAAAGAUUCACCAGCCUGCUGGCUUGCCAUGUGUCUAAACAUGAAACACUUGGAGGCUGUGCUACAGCACCAACGCUUGUAGCAUUGUCCACAUCAAAGUUUAAAAAAAAAAAAAAAUAAAUAAAAGGGGAAAAAUAACAGAUUGUUAAUUUAAUUCCAGUAAAGGCCAACUCCACAGUUAAAUAAAAUUAUGUUGAUCCCA